UGCAGGGGUCCAGGAGGUGGCAACAGGAAUAGCUGGAACCUGGACCUGGAAACGCUUCUGGGAGGGGUUGGGGGCCGAGGAGGGUGUGGUCGUGUCUGGUAUGGGAUGCUGUGGCCAGGAGCGGGCGCUCCUGGGCAGAUCUGUGGGUGGUUCCUUUGAGGAAUCCUCUUUUUCCCCCUUGCCCUUUGAUUUGCUGAAGAGAGAGUCCUCAUGGUCUCUGUCCAAGUUCUGGAAACCUUCUCUUUGGGUGGGCUUAAUCACCUACGACGUCAUUGUAGAACUGCCCGGGGCCUCUUCUGAUACUGGGUACAAACGUGGGGACUAUGUCAGAAAAGAGAAAGCCGCCGCUGGGCUUCGUGGGCAAACUCCCCAGUGGGACUGCCCUUGGGAACUCAGGCAAGACGCACUGCCCUUCGUGCAUGGGGCUGUUCAAAGCCCCCAGGCUCUUGCCAUGUUUGCACACAGUUUGCACCACGUGUCUGGAGCAGCUGGAACCCUUCUCAGUAGUGGACAUCCGAGGGGGAGACUCUGACACAAGUUCUGAGGGGCCAAUAUUCCAGGAACUCGAGGCACAGAGCCUGCAGCCGCAGAUCGGCAUCCUGUGUCCGGUGUGUGACGCUCAGGUGGACCUGCCCACGGGUGGAGUGAAGGCUUUAACCAUAGACCACCUGGCCAUGAAUGAUGUGAUGCUGGAGAGCCUGCCUGGGGAAAGCCAGGGCCUGGUGUGUGACCUGUGCGGCGACAGGGAAGUGGAGAAGAGGUGUCAGAUCUGCAAAGCCAAUCUCUGCCACUUCUGCUGCCAGGCUCAUAGGCGGCAGAAGAAAACAGCUCACCACACCAUGGUGGACCUGAAGGGCUACAGCCGGAUAGGGAAAGCCAUCCUGUGUCCUGCUCACCCUGCGGAGGAGCUCAGGCUGUUCUGUGAGCUGUGUGACCGGCCCGUGUGCCGGGACUGCGUGGUGGGGGAACACCGCGAGCACCCCUGUGACUUCACCAGCAAUGUGAUCCACAAGCACGGGGACUCCGUACGGGAGCUCCUCAGAGGCACCCAGCCCCACGUGGAGGCCCUGGAGGGAGCCCUGGCCCAGAUCAGAGAGACACACAGGGCCCUCCAGGAGCGAGUGGAGGCCGUGGCAGCCGAUGUCCGAACAUUCUCGGAGGGCUACAUCAAGGCCAUCGAGGAGCAUCGGGACAGGCUGCUGAAGCAGCUGGAAGAUAUCCAGGUCCAGAAAGAGAACGCCCUGCAGCUGCAGAAGGCACAGCUGGAACAGCUGCUGGCGGACAUGCGGACUGGAGUGGAGUUCACUGAGCACCUGCUGACCAGUGGCUCGGACCUGGAGAUCCUCAUCACCAAGGGGGUGGUGGUGGAGCGGCUCACCAAGCUGAACCAGGUCGGGUACAGCGCCCGUCCCGGCGUCAACGACAGGAUACGCUUCUCCCCUCGGGAGAAAGCAGGCCGGUGCCGUGGCUAUGAAGUCUAUGGGGCCAUCAGCACCCAAGAGGUCGACCCGGCCAAGUGCGUCCUUCAAGGAGAAGAUCUCCAAAAAGCCCGGGAGAAACAGACCGCCUCUUUCACCCUGUUCUGCAAGGACGCAGCGGGAGAGAGCAUGGGCAGGGGAGGAGACGACAUUCGCGUCACCGUGGUCCCUAACGAUAAGAAAGACAGCCCAGUGAGAACGACGGUGCAAGAUAACAAGGACGGGACGUACUACGUCUCCUACACCCCCAAGGAGCCUGGCGUCUACACUGUUCUGGUCUGCGUCAAGGAACAGCACGUGCAGGGCUCACCAUUCACCGUGACCGUGAGGAAAAGGCACCGCUCACACCCGGGCGUGUUUCACUGCUGCACGUUCUGCUCCAGUGGAGGCCAGAAAACUGCUCGCUGUGCCUGUGGAGGCACCAUGCCAGGUGGGUACCUAGGCUGCGGCCACGGACACAGAGGCCACCCAGGUCGUCCCCACUGGUCAUGCUGUGGGAAGUUUACCGAGAAGUCGGAAUGUACGUGGACGGGUGGGCCGAGCACAGCAAGGAGUCUGCUCAGGACCGUGGCGCUCUGACGUGUCCUGGGCCAGCCUAUGAAGCUGCAGCCAGCACAGCCUCAGAUUCCCAGAGGACCCCAGACCCCGAUUAAUCUUCAAGAAACUGACAGAAUUAAAAACAAAGUGCCUUAGCUGUACUCUCGGGUUCAAGUAAUUUUUGUGAGUCAUUCACUGUGCGGACAGCUGAGCCCGAGAGACCACCCCUGGAUUCUUUCUCUUGACGAUCGGUUGACAGUGUUUUCUCCACCAGGGGAGGCCGCCUGCUGCCUUGUACAGGUAUGGAGGUACUUGUGCCGCUGAAACAGAGAUCACGGGAGCAGUCUGGCUCCUUUUUGAUAAUUAACCUUUUUGAUUUCUCCCUGAGCUGCAUGUUAGGUAUUUUCCUCAGAAAUAAAAACCCCUCUAUCAUGUCCACUUUUCACUAGCACACUUUACAUGGAUUAUACUGUGAUCUUGCUGUUUAGGUGGAGGCCCCCCUCUCCCCACUCUGUGCCAUGUUCACCUUAUACCGCCCCCCAGAGCCUAGAAUACUAUUUGGUAAGGGCGCACAAGGAGUAGGUCAAUGAAGGGGAAUGAUGUUGAAAUAGAAGCUCAGAAAUUCACUGCAGUUCAUCUCACGCCAGGUAAUCGAGGUACCCUCAUCCUCCUCACAUCUCUCAAUGCUCUUUGAAAAAUUAAAAAAUAAAAAUAAAAAACAAAGGACUUUAAGGGCCGACCGAGUGGCUCAGU